ACCUGAGUUAUAGCCGCCACAGGACGUGAGACCUGACGUGUGUGUCCUGAGUUCGUCCUGUCAGAGCAACAAAACAUGAGCGAAGGAGAAAAGCUCCAUAUAAUCGCAGAUCGUCUGUGCUAGAAGUCGGUGCGGUGAGUCCUCCCGUCCUGAGAGCUGCGGAGCAUCAUGGAGUCAGUGGUGAGAAUGAAGAAGUCGCUGAGGAGGCCCAUCAGGAGGCUCACCAGCUGCGUGUCCGGGGUGAAGGAGAGGAGGUUGUGUGCCAAGCGGAAGAGCAGGAGGAGCAGAGGAGGCAGAGGGAGAGGAGGAUGCAACAGGUUGGGGAGAACUCCUCCUCCCCACAGAUCACACCCCAAAGAGCCGCCAGUCACCUGCUCGUACCAGGCCGACCUGGAGAAGGAGAGGCAACUGCGGGAAGCAAUGAACGCUCAGAAGAAUGCAGAGAGAGCAGCUAUGAGAGCUCACUUCAGGAGCAAAUAUCAGCUGUCUGAGAGCCCCAAGGACACGAGCCACUUAAGGUCUGUUGGAGGGAAAGUGUCGCUCCCCCGCGAGCUGUCGAAGCUCAUCCAUCCUGAAUCCAAAGCCAAGGACGAUGGCUUCAACCUGCUGAGCGCCUUUCAAGGCCUCAGCUUCAACACACCAGCGCUGACGGGGAGGAAACACAGCAGGACGUCCACGCCCACAGCAGCCAGUUGUAAUGUCAUGUGAUCAAUAUGUGAUCAAUAAGUGGUCGAGGGGGUAAUUGGUACAUUGCCUUCUCAUGGUGUGAGUGCAGAGAAACCCUCUCACAUAAAAGCUGCUCAAUCACAAACUCUUUACUAUCUCACAUCAUCAAACAAACAUGACUUCUGUACUUAUUUCUGUCUUUUAUGUAGCGAUUAUAACAUUUUAUACCUUAUACGAGAUGAGCUAAAUGUUAAUUUGAGUGGGUUGAGAACCUGUAAAUGUAAAUAAUUCCAUGAUAAUAAUUAUUUCACUGGUCAGUGAGAGCCACAAGUGGUGUUAUAUUUUGUUUUGACUUAAAAAAAACCAAACUGAUAUUGAUGAAUGAAAUAAUGACUCAAGUUAUCCUAAUGAAGUCUUAUGUUAAGGGUAAUAUAUUUAUUAUCAGUAAAAAACAUGUAAUACACUUUUGUUUCAUGAGAUUUUCAUUUUUUUUUGUAAAAGGGCGGAUUACUGUUUUACCCAAUUUAAAGCCUAAUUUUUGUAAUUGUAAUAAUUAGUUCAUGAUAGUAUGUAUUGUUUAUCUAGCUAGUUUCAUAUUUCUCUAAAUCAUAUAGAUCCAAGUGAUCUAUUCACAAGUAAGGAAUCUCAGGGCAACACGCUUACAUUUAAUCACACAUUAACACAAGUAAAAUUUGUUUUAGUCAUUUUGUAUGUUUCAUUAACUGAGAAAAUUGUGUUUCUGUUUCUUGUAAAUAAUCUCUUAUCUGUAUCACAUGUUAUUUGUAAUGUGCAAGAGCCAAGUUUUAAUUGGAAUUUUUCAUGUUUUUGUGUCUUCGAGACGCAACGGGGGCAUUUUUAAAAAUUGGUCCAGUACUGAAUUCUCAUGUGGCUUUUUUCACAUUGUCAAAAUCAGCUAAACAUUCAGCUGUGACACUAAAAAUCUUCUAGAUAGAUCUAGGUACCUUACUCCAACUCAACAAACUCUUCUGGCGCUCUUCACUCCAACAAGUUGUCUCUUACAAGAUUUUCAAAUGAGACUUUUCUUUGCACAAAAUUUAGUUAGACACAAUAACAAAACAGACAAGAGAAGGAUAAUAAAGACUUUCUAUUUCUCUGUAAAGUUUUCACACACUUAUAAUAACAAUCUGAGCUGGACCCGUUUAAGAGAUGUUGUCCCCUUUGCGUCACUUAGACAAAAAACAAGGGAAACUGGAUCCAGGUUGAAAACUGUUGGUUUAUAAGCUUUUAUUGAGCAGAUAUUGGUGUGUAAAUAGUCUCAUGCUGCCUAAUAAAUGUUUUUAUACAGCAGGAAGCAGAGAACAAAACCUUGUAGAGUUUCUUACAAACUGAGAAGUAAGCAGUCAUGGUCUUUUCAUCUUUGGUUUUUGAGCUGUGAAAAAAACUUGUAAUAAA